ACACAUUCUGCCCUUGCCGUGUAAGCAUGGAUAAACAAUAAAAGAGUUGUCCUCCGUGCUUAUGCAUCCCGCGGGUUUCUCUCUCUCCAUUAUCCUGUACCAACUACAAUCGACUUACCAUGGAAGAACGCAGGAAGCUAUAUAAAAAGUAUCCAUCAAUGCGAAAGCUGGAGGAGCUCGGAGACGCAUACGUUGAAUGGAAUGAUGGUCGCGAAGCUGUUCUUCUACGCUGGCUUUACGACCAUCCAAACUUCCCGAAUAUGCGCAACAAUCCCCAGGUAAUCUGCGAGGCCAUGGACGAAUUUGCUGCUCAGCGAGACUUCCUGAUCAACAUUGGCCCAGACAAAGCAGAAAGGAUCGCUACUCUUAUUACUGAGACAAAGCCCAGCGUCUUUGUUGAGGUGGGUGGUUACGUUGGUUACUCAGCACUAUUCUUGGGAAACGCGUUGAAAAACACGCAUAAAGACAACCAAGAUGCUAAGAACAAGGCUGUCUACUGGAGCCUCGAAGCCGAUCCGGUUUUCGCAGGUAUCGCAAUGAACCUUAUCGAUCUAGCAGGACUAUCAGAUGUCGUAAAAGUGAUCACGGGAAAGGCUGCCGAUUCGCUUACUCGACUGAAGGAAGAAGGAAAGCUAGAAAGUGUGGAUAUGCUGUUUCUAGAUCAUGUCGAAGAGCUGUAUGUCACGGAUCUCCAGGUUGUCGAAUCGCUAGGAUUGCUUAAGAAGGGAAGCCAUAUUGUGGCAGAUAAUGUCCUUCGCCCUGGUGCACCUGAGUACAAACAGUAUGUCAAGGAGCAUAAGUCCAUGGAGACCCGAGCUAUCAUCGGUCUGAUCAUCCCUGGAGAGUUCGAGGACGAGAUUGAAGUGACAGAAUACAAGGGUUAGAUAUUGCUUUAUCAUGCCUAUGGACAUGCCCAGCACGUUCUAUGACAAUUGAUCUAAUUUUCAACCAGGGAUAAGCAUGGUAUAUAGCGUUUACCAUAUAAACCACCUUCAAUAUCUCUGUGACCAAAUCUCAAC